CAUAACACCGACUUCCCAGUCAUUGCCUUGAUGGCUCGCGACUUUUUAGCCAUACCAGCCACAUCCGUGUCUGUCGAACGUCUAUUUUCUGGUUCACGCCACGUCUGUCGUGACUCUCGUUCCUCUUUUAAAGCAUCAACUAUUACUAAGGUCAUGUGUACGAAAAAAUGGCUCGAGGAU